GUCUCCGCAGGCACCCGGCGCCAAGCGAAAACCGACGCCUCGACAUUUCUCGCGCAUGUAUGGUCAAACAGGUUCUUCACUUGUGCGUACUGGCCGUUCCGUGUGUGCUCAACAGGGUCGCGCCCAUUUAAUGUUAGUUUCCGUGUUCGCGUCCACCGCUUGAAGAAAGGGGCCUCCUCGCAUAUACAGGACAAGGUGCACCUAUUCUCCGGACGAGACGUGUUCCAGCCUGAGCGAUGAAGGUGGAAGUGGCCAGCAAGCGUAAAAACAUCCUGGGCGAGGGACCCCACUGGGACGAACGCAGCGGCACUCUGCUCUACGACAAUGCCCGAGGCCCAGAAGUGGUCCGAUAUGACCCGCAGACCAGGACUGAGACAGAGAUUCUCAAGCUAGACUACGAAAUCGGCAACCUGAUCCCGUACGCCGAGGACAACCGUAAACUGAUGGUGUGCAUGGGCAACGGCGUCUACAAAGUGGACCUGGACACCAAGAAGACCACGUUGCUGACCGAGAUGCUGGACAAGGACUCCCCCGUGCCUACACGCAUCAACGACGGAAAGUGCGACGCCGUGGGUCGACUGUGGGCAGGUUCAAUGCCCAUAAAAGUCGACCUCGAGGGCAUGGUGCAAGGCAAGAACAACUUCUGGUCUUACUCCAAGGGACAGCUGAAGCACAAGCUGGACAACAUAUCCCUCUCCAACGGAAUCACCUGGACGGCCGACAACAAGACCAUGUUCUACAACGACUCCGUCCCCGGAAAGCUGUUCGCCUUCGACUUUGACCUUGCUUCCGGAAAUAUAAGUAAUCGUCGCGUGCUGGCCGAGUUCAGGGUUACCCCCGGCUACCAGCAGCUGGGCUACCCCGACGGCAUGACCAUUGACGUCAACGACAAACUGUGGAUCACCUGUUUCGCAGCCGGUGCUGUGGUACAGGUCGACCCAGAAACUGCCAAAGUCCUCACCAAGAUCAACUUUCCGGCCAAGUACACUACGUCAUGCUGCUUCGGAGGCAAGAACUAUGACACGCUCUACGUCACUUCCGCCACUUAUCCACCCGAUGCCACGAGACCCGAAGAUGGGUUGCUCUUUCAAGUGACCGAGCUCGGGGUGAAAGGAAAACCGGCGUUUGAGUUCGCCGGCUAGGCUACAGAAUUUCGAGGAAACGAAUUAACCUUAAGAUAAACCUUCAGAUAUCGACAGUCCGAUCUAACCAAACAGGGUUGACCCCCUCUCGUACGAAUCGGUACUACACGGAAGUAAACCUUGUUUUAUCAACAGUA